UAUUUCUACAAGUAGUUGGCAUGUGAACAACCUUCUACAAAAGGAUUUGUUUAAAAAGUAGUGAGAUGGAAUGUGCAGUGAUGAGCGUGGAGUGUACUGUACACUAGUCCUGGCAUGAUAAAAUAAACACAGAGAGGCUGCUAGGAUUCUUCCUUUAUAAAAGCAUUCUAACUAAGAUGUGGUGAAAGACUGGGUAUUGGUUUUAAAGGGGAUAUUUGGACAAAGCGCAACCACAGCUCCCUUCAACACCAUGGCUCGUUCCAAGAGUUCCAAGUCAUCCGGGACCUGCUGUAACCUGGUGAUGGCACUGCUGACCCUGUGGUCCAUGGUCUCCCUCAUCGUUAUCGUGGUGUGGGCCACCUCUCCUCACAUGAAGGGCGUGGCCCAGUGCAACGUAGCCCAACAGUCCCUGACGGAGAAGAUGGAAGGGGCGAAGGUUGUGUGGGAGAAGGAAAAGCAGGCCUUGCUGGAGUCUGUAAGGCUGAGCCAGGAGAACCAAACCACACUGCAGCGGGAGAUGGAGGUUGUCGCUGAGAGACUGAGAGAGAAUUACGUGUCCCUGAGCCUCAGCCUGCAGGAGAAUGCGAUGCUGCAUGCGAAUGAAACAGCACAAAGGAGUGCUAUUUCCCUGCACAGAGAUACACAGAGAAAUAUGUCCCUAGAUCUGAGUCUACAGAGAGACCAUUUUGAGUGGUUACGAUUCAACUUCACCCAAGCUGUCCACCAGUCCCACUCCUGCUCUGCUUCAUGUGAUGCUUCAAAUAGCCAGGCGGUGGCAGCAAUGAGUCAAAUGCAAGCCUGCGAGUCCAGCAAACACUAUAUGAUGACACAAAUGGAAAGAAGAGGUUGCAAGAUCAAUGGAUUGUCAUCCAGUGCUUUUUGACUGUGAGGAGAGAUAUAUGAGGGCCUCAUUGUUAAUCUGAAGGGUUUAUUAAUUAAUGUGAUUAACACAUACUUAUUUCACCGUGCUCUGU